UAUAAUCGCUUGCACGCUUGCACGCGAGGUCAAAAGGUCAAAUUAAACACCGCCGCCAUAUUGUGGGACAACGAUCCACCGCGCAGCUUGAAACUAAAGGUUACGCCAUGGUUACACAUACCGGUAAUGGCAGGACAACUGAAGACUUCGAUUAAAUUGUCAACAUAUAUGCUGACUGCCUACCACCUUCAGAGAAAGCAAGAUACAUAAAGAAAGCAAGCCAUGUUGGUAUUGACCCUUAUGUCAUUCCAAAAUGUGAAAAAUCCUCCCAACUCGCAGACCUGCCCGAACUCAAUUCAGUGGACGUGAUGGCGUACCUUAUUCAUGCCCCGAGCCCGUACACAUCGGAAAAUUUCCGUAACUAUAAAUCGUCAGAGGCGUACAACCAGUUCCUCAAUGGAUGGGUUUCGGAUGUGGCAACUUACAAAUUAAUUGGUCGGAACAACACAAGAAUAGUGACAGGACAGGUAAGAUAUUUAUCGGACUUUUUACGCUAAACAAUUAUACUGUCCGUGCCGCCAUCAUCAUGAUCAUGGGCAUGGCCAUGAUUUGGGUACAUACUCGGGUUGGCGGCCAGUGCGGCACCAUCCCGCAUACACGUACUGUUUAUGUGGAAAACGGUUGCUCAUUCCCACGGUUUCAAGUUGUUUUUUUCUUGACUGACAAAACAGCGAUGUAAUGAGGUAGUGAUGGUGAACUGAAAAGAACUGUCUCAGUGUAUAAUAAUUAAUACCCUGGAUGAAGGUUAUUUCCGUUUGGAACAAAAAGUCCCUGAUGUGAGAGAUGAUGACCAGGAUGACUGAUACCUUCACUUGUGCAAAAUUAAAUUUGGACACGUCUGAAGCAGACAGCAAAAUGGCCGCCGUCCAAAUGAGUUGUGCACAAUUGUGGUUUUUUUUUCAAUAUUUUUAUUUCAUGAGGAAAUAAAGGUAUCGCAGUUAAAUUUUGGAUAUUUUGUAUUGGCUGAACAUAUGUAUUACAAAAUGUAUGCACUCCAAGGAUUUACAGAGACCUUUACUUAAUUGUUUUACAAAGUCUGCACUACGUUUUACUCCUAACAUUGUUUAAUGCACGGUCCCUAUAAAUCAUUAUUUGACCCUCAAUUCUCAUUUCAAAAGCCAUGUACUUUAAGUUUCUUUUUAAAGUGGGAUUAAAUGGUGAUGAUUGCAAGAGAGGUUCUGUUAUGUCAGACCUAGUGACAAUAUGGUUCUCUAAUCUUCUGGAAUGUAGGUAUGUUUGAAAGUAACAUUUUUUGUUCUGAGAAAACUAUUGUGUGCACAUCAAGGAAUAUUUGUGUGGUCCUUGAUUGAAUAUGCCUUCUUUUUGCUUCCCUCAAUUCUGUCAAUCUUCAGGUAAUGCACUCACAAACACCAGGUGCUAAACCUUACCAGGCGUGGUGUGUUGUAGACAGCCCUGGAAGUAUUCGCAGCGCACACUGCAAUUGCAAAGCAGGCCUCGAUGAAACUUGCAGUCAUGUAUCUGCUGUUCUAUUUGCCAUUGACGCUGGGAUUCGCAUCAGAGAAAAAUCAACCCCCACAAUGGUCAAAGCUUACUGGAUGCAGCCAGGAAAAAGGGAACUUGAUGCACAACCACUUCACAGCAUUGACUUUUCUUCCUCCAAGGCUAAAAAGAGGAGGGCAGACCGUGAAAUUGACCACAACGCACAUGAGGUGAUUUCAGUAACCUGUUCUAACACACAACCUGAUCGGAUGACGAAGAGUGUAAUUGCUGGACCGACUGAGGAUGAACUUAGUUCCUUCUUGCACAGUCUUUCAGUGUCAGGCAUCAAGUGUGCGGUGCUUUCAGGGUUUGAGCCUUAUGCAGAUGCAUUUGUUCCAGUUGAGCAGAAGAAGGAGUUUCCUGUGAUACUGACUGACCUGGCCGAUCCCAAAAACUUUCACAUGAACUACACUGAUUUGCUCAGGAAAUGUAAUGAAAUUAAUAUUACAGUGUCUGCAGAAGCUUCUAAAAAUGUGAAGGCGGAAACAAGAGACCAGUCAAAAUCCAAGAUGUGGUUUCGCUAUCGUGCUGGUAGAGUCACCUCCUCCAGGCUCGGUGCAGUUUGCAAGACCAACCCAGCAAUGCCAGCUAUGAGUCUCAUUAAAUGCAUUUGCUAUCCAGACAUACUGAAGUUCUCUUCACAAGCCACAAGAUGGGGAUGCUGUCAUGAAAAGGAGGCCAUUGAAAUAUACACCGCACAGAUGAUGCAGACACAUGAAAACAUCAAGGUGGAAAAGAGUGGUCUGGUUCUGAACACCAUGUAUCCAUUUUUUGGUUCUUCACCAGAUGGGAUUGUCAACUGUAGCUGCCAUGGAAAAGGUUGUGUGGAGGUCAAGUGCCCAUACUGCAAGCGAGGCCAAACCAUUGAUAAAGCUGCAACAGAUCCACAGUUCUAUCUGCAAAAAUCAGACAGUGGGGAACUCGAACUUCGCAAAACACAACUACAUGUACUACUACCAGGUUCAAUCUAACAUCAAUGAGGUAUUGUGACUUUGUUGUGUGGACAAGCAAGAACAACAGCCUGCACAUUGAACGACUACAACCAGAUACACUGCUAUGGCAGGAAGCAGUGCAAAGAGCUGAGCACUUUUUCAGGGUAGCCGUCUUGCCUGAAUUAGUUGGCAAGUAUUUUACAAAAGUUCGAGAUGUUGAGAAUCAGGAAUUUCACAUAACAUGUGGCCCAACAAGUUCAUGCUACUGCGAAAAGCCAUCAGAGGGUGACAUGGCCAAAUGUGGAAAUCCAACAUGCAAAUGAAGAGAGUUUCAUUUGAAAUGCCUCGUACUAAAGAACAUGCCUAAAAGGAAGUGGUUGUGUCCACAGUGCAGAGGACUUCCUCAGUUCAGGUGCAAAAAUAAGAAAUGUCAGCAUGAAUCUCUCUUGUCUGAAUCACUUCAUGUGACAGAAGAAUGAACUUUGCUGUACAUGCAAAAUAUUGAUACCAUGUUUUCAGCAAAACAUUACAUUUGACAUUCAGCUGAUGUAUAUGUUUAGGGAUGGCCAACAACUCCAUUUCCGUUUUGGGUUUUGGAGGCUUUUUGUGGGGAAUGUAUUUUUGUUGUUCCUGAAGUCAAAAGGAGACACAUUGUCUUUGCCAGUUGUAGUUUUCAUUCAUAAUGCCACCUAAAAAGGCAUUUUGUUAUAAAUGUAAACGUGUCUAUUCUACAGUUUACUGAAGAAGAUCCCAUCUGUGUAUACCCUAGCUCAAAACCUUGAUACACCAUUGACAAGUUGCUAAUUGGUGUAGGUGAACAAUUUUGCUUAUUUUCUGUUUGAACAGUUUUGAAACAGCAGGUCUUUCUUUUCUGGGGAUGCACUUGUAAAAUGUUGGGUUUUGGUCUGCUAACCCUCCUACUUUAGCUGGCAAAUGAGGAAACACAGUGUCACCAGUCAAAAUCAUUUAAUGGGCUGCUUUUUCUAACAGAACAUCCACAGGCCUGUGCUGGGGAAAGGGGAUGCUGUAGU